AUGAAAUUACCACCAAUUUGCAAUCUUCAAAUACGAGCCUUUCAAACCACCACUUGCUGUUUGAAACAGAGAGAGAAAAAAACGUCAAGAAGUAAACGUAAUUUUAAAGGAGGAAUCAGUCGCAUCAGUAGUAGCGUUGUUCGGGAUAAAUCGAAAACUCCAGUAUCGAAACUUAGUAAAGAUACUUAUGAGGCUUGGGGGUUUAGUGGGGCUGGUAGACGUGCUGCUGAUGAAAACGAUAAGAGUGCCACCACAAUGUUACGGAAGAAAGGUAAUUUAGAGCGAGGGAAGAGUCAAUUUCUUGGUAGAAGGAAUGGAAGUAAUAAUGAUUAUUAUAAAUCAUCCAAGGAUGUUGAUAAAGGGUUUAGUAAUUCUUCGUUAAGUAUGAAUUAUUCACAAAGGAGAGAAACAGAAGAAAUAUCACAACAAACCUCUCCACGCAAAAUUCAAUUCCCAUCCCCAUCGUCACCAAAAAAUUAUUUUACAAGAAAACCGACAACACCAGUCUCCAAAAAGACGCGUGGUUUCAUACCAGCAAGAUUUAAACUUCUGCCAAUAGAAAGUGAUGUAUCUAAUAAAACGAUUGUUAAACUUAAAGGUCGGAAUAUAACUGAUCUUAUUGCAAAAGUUAGCAGGUCUACAUUUGAAAGUAUGGAAUUACUCGGUGAGGUUUACACCGCGAUAGUCAAAGGCCCACUGAAAAAUAUACAGAAUAUUAAACCGACAGAUAUUCAGGCGUUGGCGAUUCCGGAGAUCCUUUUACUUGAUGCAAAUACUAUGGAGAAUUCAUUCGAAAGAAAUGGUAAGGACAAAAAGAAUCACGCAACAGAUAUAAUUGAACAAUUAAAUUCAAUACAACCCGAAAAAACUUCUCUGCGUCGAUUAAACAGACCACGUGCAAUAAUCCUUUUACCCUCGCGUGAACUGGUUGAUCAAGUCGCAAGUGUCUCGAAACUUUUAUCACAUUACGCGAAAUUCCGUACAGUAGGUCUCACUUCACACAUUCCUCGUAAAAUAGUCACUCGCGAAUUGAAUAUGCCCGUCGAUAUAGUAAUUUCUACACCGGCAGGUAUUCUCGACUACACCAAAUCCAAUACGUUAUCAUUUGCCGAUACUCGAUAUCUCGUUAUCGAUGAAGCCGAUACGAUGUUCGACGCGGGAUUUGGCGAUGAGGUAAAGGACGUAAUAAGAAACAUCAAAAAUUCCGCAUACAAUCAAAAUCGUACAUACCAGGUGAUUAUUGUAUGCGCAACACUACCAAAAACCGUGAAUCAAGCAUUAUCAGAAGAAUUUCCACGACUGAAAAGAAUCACCACACCUUCCCUUCACAAAUCGUUACCUCACGUUCGCCAAAUUUUCCUUGAUCUCGCCGAAUAUCAUAACAAUAAACACGAGGCAAUACUGGAAAUUUUAAAGCAUAACCACAACGAUCGUACAAUGGUCUUUUGCAACACGCGAAGGUCUGCGAUGAUGCUGGAAAGUUUUCUCUCCUCAAAAAAUUUGCCGAUGAUUGCUUUGUACAGUGACGUGAGAGAUCGGGAGAAAAAGUUGGAAAUGUUUUGUAAUUUGGAUCCGCAAGCGAAAAUUCUUGUUUGUACUGAUAUCGCAUCGAGAGGUGUUGAUACCACUUUUGUUAAACAUGUUAUUUUAUAUGAUUUUCCUACUACUGUUAUCGAUUAUUUACAUCGUAUUGGGCGCACGGGAAGAGCAGGAAAGACCGGUAAAGUCACUUGCUUUGUCACAAAGAAAAAUCGUCGAUUGGCCGAAAGAAUUCGACGUAAUGUUAGAGAUAAUAAAGUUUUAUGUUAA